AAAAGAACAAGAACAAUCUCAGGGAAGCCAACUCUUGGAAAUUUUCAUUUGGCCGCUAAUUGUUUUUGGUUUAGCAAAAAUGGGUCGAAAUAUCGAUAAAGCUCAGUUAAAAUUAUGUGAUCCAAGUGUGCUUAUCCCUCAGAUGCGUUAACCCCAACUCUCUACAAUUCAAUUCAACCUCUGGGUCGUGGGUUUGAUUUCACUUCUGAUAUAAGCCUUCUGUGCUGCAAGGGAGGACCUGGGUCGAGGUUGGUUCAGGUCGAUGAGGAUCACACCAGGGAACUUCCUGUCUCCGAUGGGGUUGUGGUGUCGAAUGUGCCCACUCACGUUGAGGGCUCGACGGGUAAGAGGAGCACUGACAGAGUGCCGGUUUUCAUGAGAAUUCUGAAGCAAUGCAACAUUUACGGAGAGAUUACCUGACUAUACCUGGCCAAUGAGUUUCUUGCGUUUCCUGUAAGUAUGUCGUUGCAUGAAUCAUUGAUAAUAGAAUUUUUAAUUUGCUUGAGAUAGAAACUACGUAUUAUCUGAUAUAAAUUUGAAAAGGAAAAGAAAAGAAAAGACAAUAAUUUGUAACUUAAGUGAUCUGAUACCUUCUCUCCUAGCAAUUAAUAAGUAAUAAGCCGAUUGAAUUUUUUCUAGUUGAUUUUGGACCGUGAUCUUAGUUUUAACAGUUUAAAUGGUGAACUUCCCAAUGUCAUAGCUGCUCCAAAGACAAAAUAUAUGUAAGUCACCCCCCCUUUCUUUGUAUGAUGAAAUACGUACUUGGUUGGACUUAGUAUACACAAUUUGCAAAAUCUAUCAUACUGAAUAAUGUGUAUGAGUGAGAUCAGCUUUCUUACAAACGACUCUCUCAGUGGAAAUAUACCAGAGUCAGUCUUGAAGACAGAAACUGCAGUGUAUGUAUCUUUUGGCCAUGUUCUUAUUCUUGUAACUUCUAUAGAUUUGUGGAUAUAUCAUGUGCAUGUAUCCUCAUCAUGUCCGUAGGCAUGUUAGAAGAUGGUUCUGUUCCGUUCUUCUGUGCAGGGAUUUAUCCUACAGUUUCACAUGGCAAAGUCCUGUACAACCUGUUGGGUUUUUUGGCAAGGGUAGAGAGAGGACUUGGAUGAGAAGGAGAGACACCCGGAGUUCCCUCUUUAAUUGAGUUGAAACUCAAUUUUCUUCCAUUGUUGUUCUGCUAUUUAUAGCAGAAACAAUACAACAUAAAAUAGUGUCUUUCCCACCUAAUAUUUACCUAAUCCUAGAAGAUCUAUCAAACAUUUAAAGCAAGAUUACAUUCAAAAGAUUUGCUGUCAUUUUAUAGCAACCCAUAUGCAGCACUCUUGUCCAUGUUGCUGAUGUUUGCUAUCAAGUUGCAGCCCUCAUUUGCAUUUCCAUCUCAUCUCAUUUGUAUUUCAUUUGUCAUUUGCAUUUGCUGCCACAGUGUUGCAGCUUUGACACCACAACUCCAACAAACCUCCUCGUAGGUGGGAAUUUUUUUUUUUUUUUCUACUUUCUCUUGAAUUAAUUAGGAAUUUGUUGUGUGUUUACCCCUAUUGCAGCAUUGUUGAUGGUAGUUGACUUUUCUUUUUAAGCAGGAAUGCAAAUGUAAAUUUGUAUCAAAGUUCUUCGAAACAAAACCUGGGCGGUCGAGUUUUGGAGCUUUUAUUUUGCUUGUUUGAUGUAGGAAGCUUGCAUAACGCUUAGUUGAUAGCUCCAGAUAAUGCAUUGUGGGGUUACUUGACAUACAAGGCAGAUGUGUACACUUUUGGAAUUAGCAGGAGAACCAAAUGACAUUGGGGCCUGCGAAAAGUAUGCUUGCCUUUUGGAUUGGGUAAUCACUAAUUUAUACCCU